AUCUUCAACGCGGCGCAGGCGUUGGGCGAGGCCCCGCAGAGGUCCAAGGACGGGCAGACGAUGCAGUUGAGGAAGCCGAAGGGGGGCGGCAGCUCGGUAGUGAAGGGCCACAGCGCCAUCAGUUUGAUACGCCACGCGGCGGGGGGGCCUCUUCGGCCCCUUCCGCCGAUGCUGCCCGCGGUGCUGACGGGCAUCGGGAUGCCGUUCGACAUGGUGAAUCGCCGGGACAUCCGGCAGUGCUUGACGGACUUGCAG